AUGGCGCGUCAGGGGGAGGUGCCGGAGCUCCCGAUGCCCUCCCAUUACGCUCACCAUGCCGCGCGCGGGAAUCAUUUUAAACGAGCUUCUUCAACCACCGGAAAUUCUUCUUCUCCGUCCUCCUCUCCUCCCACAAUAACGGCGACAAUAGAGACUACAAAGAUGUCCUCGAAAAAGGAGGAGAAUUCCAAUCCCAAUAAUAAUCUUAAUGACAACCCUACCAAGGUGUCUACCGAGGCCACACCCACCAGGUUGCGUAUCAAUCAGAAAAGCGCCUCCACACGAGUUAAGAAGGGUGUCGAAAAGCGCAGCGGAGGGCGAAACUCCUCUGCAAAUACCGCUUCCUCUUUCACUUCUACAGCGGUGGUAAAAAAAGCAACGAAAAAGGCAUCACACAAGAACGGAAAGCCUCACACAGCCUCCAUGCCGCGAGUAUCCGCUUCGAUUCCUCUUCCAAAUAUUCAAUUAAUCGUAUCCCGUAAGUCAAAAAAGCCGUCUACGACUACAGGAAAUACCACUACAAAAGUGACCGUAAAAGCACCUCACGCGGCUCAAAAAGGAAAGGCAAAACAAACGGCAACGCGCGCGACAAAGGAGGCUCGGACAGUUUUAAAAAGACGCUCCAAUAAAACUAAUAAGAAAUAG